GUGGGCGGCGACGCCUCCGCGCAGCCGAGCGAGCCCCGCGAGCUCCAGGGGCGCCAGGCCGACCCCGCCUGCCCCAAACUUCCGUGGGGCCGCGCCAGGUUCACCCCCUGGCGCCCACCUCCGUCCCCUCCCGCGGCGUCCCGGGCGCAGGAGGGGGCGUGGGCGCGGAGGCGGCGGCCCGCGCGGGGAUCGCCCGGGGCGGGGUCCCUGCGCCGCGGUCUGCGGGGAUCGCCCUCGGAGGGGCCGGUCCACGCCGUGUGCAGGCGGAUGUGAGGAGCAUGUCAAUUCGCGAGCGGGGGCAGCGGAUCGGGCUGCUCUUACCGCAGAGCCGGCGGGCGGGAGCAGAGCCGCAGCGGCCGGCCGGCCGGCAGCGGGAACCUGGGACCUCGCCUUCGGACCCCGGCCGCCGUCGCCGCGCGGCGCCCGCAAGUCCCCGGCCGGCCCCUCUGCCACCAUGAGGAACAUCUUCAAGAGGAACCAGGAGCCCAUGGUGGCUCCUGCCACCACCACGGCCACCAUGCCGGUGGGGCCCGCAGACAACUCCACGGAGAGCGGGGGCGCUGGGGAGAGCCAGGAGGACAUGUUUGCCAAGCUGAAAGACAAGUUCUUCAACGAGAUCAACAAGAUCCCGCUGCCGCCCUGGGCGCUGAUCGCCAUCGCCGUGGUCGCCGGCCUCCUGCUGCUUACCUGCUGCUUCUGCAUCUGCAAGAAGUGCUGCUGCAAGAAGAAGAAGAACAAGAAGGAGAAGGGGAAAGGCAUGAAGAACGCCAUGAACAUGAAAGACAUGAAGGGCGGCCAGGAUGACGACGACGCGGAGACGGGCCUGACCGAGGGAGAGGGUGAGGGAGAGGAGGAGAAAGAGCCGGAGAACCUGGGCAAGCUGCAGUUCUCCCUGGACUACGAUUUCCAAGCCAACCAGCUGACCGUGGGCGUGCUGCAGGCUGCAGAGCUACCUGCCCUGGACAUGGGAGGCACCUCAGACCCCUACGUCAAAGUCUUCCUCCUUCCAGACAAGAAGAAGAAAUACGAGACCAAAGUGCACCGCAAGACCCUGAACCCCGCCUUCAAUGAGACCUUCACCUUCAAGGUGCCCUACCAGGAGCUGGGGGGCAAGACCCUGGUGAUGGCCAUCUACGACUUUGACCGCUUCUCCAAGCACGACAUCAUCGGAGAGGUGAAGGUGCCCAUGAACACGGUGGACCUCGGCCAGCCCAUCGAGGAGUGGCGAGACCUGCAGGGCGGCGAGAAGGAGGAGCCAGAGAAGCUGGGUGACAUCUGCACCUCCCUGCGCUACGUGCCCACGGCCGGCAAGCUCACCGUAUGCAUCCUGGAAGCCAAGAACCUCAAGAAGAUGGACGUGGGCGGCCUUUCAGACCCCUACGUCAAGAUCCACCUGAUGCAGAACGGCAAGCGGCUCAAGAAGAAGAAGACGACGGUGAAGAAGAAGACCCUGAACCCCUACUUCAAUGAGUCCUUCAGCUUCGAGAUCCCCUUCGAGCAGAUCCAGAAAGUCCAGGUGGUGGUCACCGUGCUGGACUAUGACAAACUGGGCAAGAACGAAGCCAUCGGCAAGAUCUUCGUGGGCAGCAACGCCACGGGCACAGAGCUGCGGCACUGGUCCGACAUGCUGGCCAACCCGCGCAGGCCCAUUGCCCAGUGGCACUCGCUGAAGCCCGAGGAGGAGGUGGACGCGCUGCUGGGCAAGAACAAGUAGGCGGCAGCGGCGCCGGGACCCGCGCCCUGCGCGGACGCUGACGGGAUCCAGAGCUCUCAAUACCUCAGUUACGCGACCUUAGAGGUGUUCCCAUCCGUCUGUGGGCGUGUCCUCCUUUCCCCUGCCUUCUCCUCUUUUUAAAGACCGACUUCCCUUUGAUGGCCGUGUGGGACAGUCCCCCGAGAGGUGAGAGGAAAGCCUGGCUCUGUCCCUUGUCCCAGGAGCUGCCCUCGCUGCAUGCCCUGCCCUUGUCCCUGUCCCACUCUUUCAAAAGCUUCAUGCACACCUCACCCUGCGUGAGGCCCUCUACUGGCCGAUGCUGGCAGCACAUCCCGUUUCCUGGUGAGGCCGGGGCGGCGUGGGUGUGCGUGCGCCCGCGUGCGUGUCUUCGAGCCUCUGUCUUCGCUCGUGGAAGGAGCCGUGGACAGCGACGCUGUGUGGGACCCGGAAAUGGAGAAAGUCGGCUGUGUGAGUGGGAGGUCCCCUCCGAGCUGGCGGGGAAGGCGCAGGCUGCGGGUCGGGUUGCAGAGGCGCUCAGCUUCCUGCGUGGGAGGCAGCGAGACGUGGGGCCUGGGUGCGUGCAGACCCAGGGCCACAUCCCCGACGCCUCCGUGCACUUCCUCCCGCCAGCCGUGCUGGCCCGGAAGCGUGGUUUCUGGGGCGUUCACGGACAUGAACUCUUCGCUAGUGGGUCAGCCCCCAGCACGGACCGUCAGCCCAGGAUCUCGUACUUGGAGAUCCUGAACUCCGAACCGCGAAGCACCGGAAGUCCCCCGGCCCAGAGACACCAAGCUUCGGCUCCUGUUCCGAGACAGAAGCAGAGCGGGUCCUGGGCCUUGGUCCCCGCCCCCCACCCCCAUUGUGCUUUGCUGCUGUUUAUUUUGUAAGCGCAGUGCUGUCUGCAGACUUUGUCCAGAGCCAGAGAACUUUGGAAGGAUGGUUUAAAUGUGCUUAGUGCCCCUGGGGGCCAGGUAGGAAGGGGCGUGGCCACACCCGGAGGCGGGGCAGGCGGCAGAGGCUGGAUGUGCUGCGGUGCCCCCUCUGACGGCCACUUGGUGCCCCCUCUGCAUGGGCCACCCGAGGGCCCAUGAGCAGCCGGAGCAGCCCGGAGGCGCCUGUGGGGGUGCCCGUGCUCACUCACUGGGGAGGUUUCUCUCUACGAAUGCCAACAGGAGGUGGAGGAGACUGGCCAGGGUUUCCGCCCCCAGCUCGGUUGUCACCCUUUGUCCCCAGCGUUGAUAAAAAGCCAUAUAUAUGUUAGUCCCGUUAGCACUGAGCCCACUGAGCCCCUUCCAGCCUUCCGCCUGGGCCGGAGUCACGCCCCCACCCCACAGGCCAGAGGCCACGCCUCUUUGCCUCCCUUCUCUGGCCUCUCUCUUCCAUCCUUGUCAUUUCUUUCCCAGCAAAAAUGGCGGCACUUCCUGUCCUGCCCCAGCUGGGCCCCUGUAGGCAGAUGGACGCUGUGGGACAGGGUGCGGCUGAGGGCCCAGUCUGAACCAGGUGCACAGUGUCCUUUUAUUUCACUUUGCAAGGGAGGGGAGGGGCUUGCGCACUUGCUGGGCUUUGCUUUCUGAAGGGGUCUCCGCCGGGAACAGCCCGGCAGCCGGGCUCAGCCUGCCUCCCUUGCUGAGCCCUUGGUUUCAGGAGCACCCUGGGAAGUUACGAUGUUAUACGCUCUGUGUGUGUGUGUGUGUGCGCUUGGAACGGUGGGAAGGCAGGGCUCUGAUGAGGUUGUGAGCUGGUCCUUGGCCCUGGUACAGUCAGCGGGCAGGCGGUGCCCUCGGAGCCUGGGUGGCCGCAGAGUGGCGUAUCCUGGGGUGGACACCUGGACUCCUCUCCCGUCCCCAGUGCUGUGGGACUUUGGUGCUUCCUCAGGGUCGGUCCCCUCCACGCUCCUCAUGGAAACUCCUCAGUCUCACCCCCUCUGCCUUCCUCCCCCUGCCCUGCCCCCAGCCCACCUGCUACCACGUGGGUGUCUUCUCUGCCCUUGAGCUUGGUAAGCGUGCGCCCCCCCCCCCCCAAAGGAGAAGAAAUGGCUGCAGCUCUGGUGGUCUGGGUGUCCCUGUGCCUGGAGACUGGCUGGAUUUCAUUCCUCUGAGCUGCCCUGGAGGGUGGGGACGUGGCUGAGCCCCUGAGCCCCCACCGUAGUGGCGUGGGGGCGGUUCCUCCCCAGGUGCCCCUGCCCUGCUGAGCGCCGGGAGCACGUGCACCUGUCUGGGCUGCGGGCUUGGCGGGGGCGUGCUGAUGCUUGUGGAGUUUCUACACCGAGGGCCUCAUUCCACACCCUGGCUGCCACGCAGGGCUGUUUCUAGGGGGUGUGCAGGUGCUGGGGCGGAGGCCCUAAGUGGGCUUCGGUCAGGGUGUCUGUGUGCUUCUGGGGCUGUGAGAGGCAGGAAGUUGGAGCAGAAGUGAGUCUUACACAGGGGGCUGAGCCAUGAACCCCAAACCCAGUUCCACUGGAGUGGGGUGGGGGCGGGUGAGGCUUGGACGCUGUCUUCAUCCUCGCAGGGAAGCCCCCUCUGCCUGAGCUACCGGCAGACUCCUGGGCGUGGGAGGCGAAAGCCGAGGCCUGGGAAGGCGGCCGCCUGGGGCUGCGCAGGCGCAGGCGCGCGGCGUGACUGUGCCGUGACUCUCGGAGCCCCUGUCUGGGACAGCAGGGUGCGGGUUGCGCUCCCAGAUCCGGAGCCUUUUUCUCCCCAGGAAACCACUGGUAGUUGGGUCUGCAGUCAGCUUGGGGUGCUGCUGAGAGAGGAAGGAGGGGUCGCGCAGCCCUCCCGCGGGUACACGCGGCUCUCACGGACCUGCGUCUGUGCAGUGGGGUGAGGGAGGCAGCGGUUCCGAGGUAUUCUCACGCAGGAUAAUUCCUCAGGCGUCCUCGUCCCCUGUCCCGCCCCCCCCCCCCCAGCCCCAUCUAAUAGAGGGACAGCCCAUCCCCCUCCCAGGCAGGAAGACGCUGCCCCCUAUCCCCUGCGUUGUCCCUCCCUCUAUCCCCCUCCCCCCGCCCACCUCGGGCUGGUCAGGGCCCUCUGUCAGAGUCGGGGGGGGGGGAGGCAGGGAGGAGUCCUGGUCUCAUCCUGGUGGCCCAGGGCCCCAUGGCACAGCUGCCAGAUUUGGCCAAUGAAAAUACAGAAUGCCCAGUCCUAUUUGAAUGUCAGCCGAAGGAAGAAGAGUCUAAGUGUGGCCUGUCCCUGGCACUGAGACCGGCUCCUGUCCCCGGAACUCAGAUGUCAGCGGCCAUCCUGGACUGUGUCUGGCAACCCCUCCCUGCCGACCACUCCCCCUCCCCCCGCCCUCAGCCCCGGUGGGGUGGGGCCGGGGGGCAGACACUGGUCACCAAGGAUUUGACUUCCACCUGUUUUUCAAACUGCAAUACUGAGAAGGGGACUCUGACUCGAAGACACACGAAAAGACAUUCAUUUUUUAAGCGACAACACAACCAGAGCUUCUAAAGCCAUCUGCGCCCCGUCUGACCCCCCACGGUAGUUAGACACCCACGAAGCAAUGAGCUGCGCCCGCUGGCCGAGCCCGGAGUCAGCAUGCGUGUCUCCAGCUCUGUAAAUAGCUGCUUGGCAGUGCCCAGAGCUCCUCCUCCCAGCCCCGCACCCCGCCCCUUUUGAUUUUCUGUCCUGUGAAAUAUUUGUCCCCACCCCCACCCGGGGAGCAGAUGGGUCCCGGCAAUGCUGGAGGCCGCUGCCGGCCCCGGGCCCGUCGGCUGCACCUCCGUCUGCAGAGCCAACCUGUCCAGCCUGCUGUCCGGCGUCCUGUGGCUUCGUGUCCUGUGUAUGUGUGUGGUGUGGUACCCUCCUCCCACUGUCUGAAUUAACUGAAAAGCCAUAAAGGGGGCCUCCUGCUGGAGCCCGCCCUCGGCUCCUCCCAGGACCCCCGUGUCCCUCUGACUGGCUCCCCACAGAACACUUGUGAAGGGCUCACCUGUUGUCACCCCCUCCCGCUCCCUCGGCCCUGUGUCACCAGGACGACGGUGUCUAGGGCUUCUGGUGGGGCCCUGGGAGACGGCCCCCGCUGCCUCUGCCUGAGCAGGCUCCACCUGCAACCUGCUGUGGAGGGGACAGUGCUGGGGACGCCACAGUCCUGGACCCUUUCUUGGGAGGGGUGGGCAGGGCGGUGGCUGUGAGGUGUGGCUUUAGGGACUUAGCAGGGCAGGUGUGCACUAGGCUCCCUGGCCCCCAUCUGCCCUGGGAGGGACCCAGCCAGGUGCGCCAGGCUGUGGGGAGGUGGGCAGAGGGGAACUGGAGCCUGCAAAGCUCCCUGGCACGGAGUCAGAGAGGGACAUGCUGCCCGCAGCGGGCGCCCCCUGGCGGCAGAGCACAGCCAUGCAUGGGAAGGCAAGGGGGCUCAGGCAGGACAGAGCAGGGGUGAGAAGAGUUAGGCAGGGGUGAGACAAGUGGUGGUGAGGGAGGCUCUGCCAUUUACGGACUAGGAGAACCAGGGCUCUGUGGGGGAUGCCAGGGGACCGUUGCCGGCCUCUUCCCAGCGCUCUCCGGGCCGCCCCACUCUCGCCCACCGCACAGGCCGGGAGUGAGUGGGCAGUGCGGCGUGCCAGGCGGCAGGCAGGGGGCUGUGCCGCCAGCCUUGCCCCGCCCAGCCUCCCCCGGCGCCCAGCGGGGGGAUGAGUCGGGGUCUCGUCACAGAAGCUCGUUCUGCCGACUGCUGCCCGCCUAAGGACUUGAUGUGCUGCCUCCUGAACCCUGGGGCCUGGACACUUCCAAGCCAGGGUCAGGCAGAGCGCUCCGGCCCCACCACGAGCCCCGCCUGCCUUCGUGGGAAGGACACACAUGGAGCCCUGGCCCCCCCGCCCCCCUCCUCUGCUUGGCACCGCUCUCCACCCCUUUCGUGGACUCUGUUGUUCUCGUCUGACCUCUUGUCAAACUGUUAUUUUGUAAUGAGCUGCGUCUCCUUAUUAAAGAAAUGAGCUGAAAGAAA